AGGUUGAUUUAGUUUCCUGUUGCAAUUGAUAUUUUAUAAUAUUGGAUCUACAUUUUUAAAUAAAAUGCUGUAUUUAAUCUUGGCUAUUUGUAUCGCGGCAGUCAUUCAAUGCAAUGGAAAUAAGCCAAUCGUCGUACUGGAUCCAAAAUUGGUAGAAAAUAUCUCCGAAAAUGCAGAGAAAUGCUACAAGGAAGUGGGAGCCGGAUCCGAGUUACUCGCCAAUCUGAUACCAUGGAAUUUGGAAGAAAAUGAAACGAACGGAAAAUUUUUAUUAUGUUUGAGUAAAAAAUUAAAAUGCGACGGUGAAGAUGGUCAUCUAAAUGUAGAUGAGUUUAUAGCGCUCUUCGAGAGCUCGCUAAAGGAAUAUGAUAUAAACAUAUUCAAAGAAAUAUUGGAAAGUUGUAAUGAAGAAAGUGGAAAAAAUGAAUACUUUACCAUCUUUAAGGUUCUGAAUUGCUUCGACACAAAAUCGCCAGUAUCUAUGGCUGUCCAAUAAUAAUUUAACAUUGUUUACUUGGCUUUGAAUAAAGUAUACAUAAAACGCGAUUUUGUUUAUUAAAAAUAUUUCAAUUUGCAGAUACACAAAGAUUUAGCUUAAUGUCCAGUUUUUCUAUGGGUUUGGAUUGUAACAAGGAAUAAAUAUAUCAUUUUUUA